AUGGCUCCAAGCAGGGCAGAAGCGUGUCUCGUUCGCGCCGACUGCCUUGGGAUUGGCUCCUUGAAGCAACUCGUGAUUCCUGGCAAGAGGCGGAAGGGCAAUCGUCGUGACGAGUGGAAGAGGACGCGAGAAUUAUUUCGGAGAGAAUCUGAGUGUGGCUCGAUGGCUUCAUCUGUGUCAGCAAGGGAGAGUGGAGAAAUGAGUCAAACUCUGCCCCAUGCUAAUUGUGGAGAUGGUCCUGAGCACCAUCGUCUCCCCACAGGACAGGAGUACUUUUACAGAUGUUGUGGGGGACGUCCUGCCUUCUUGUGUGUCAUAUAUGCUGUCAUAUCAGUAAAUGCUCUAUUUCAGCUUCUAAGACUCUUUGAUGGCACCCCGCCCUUUGCUGCUGUUCUUGUCAUAUUCAUCCUGCCCCUCAGUGUUCUCACUUGUCUGGCCGCUGGCUUCAUCUACAAGAAACUCUGCCUCUGGUCCAGAUCCUCUUUUCUUGUGGUUGCAGUUCCUGUCCAUCCAGAAGCACCGGUGGCAUUCAUCAGUGAGCUUCCACCAGUGGAAGGAGCAAGAUUGAUCAGAACGGAGGAUCAUCUGCCUCAUCAUGGCCCUUUGGCUGAUACGGACUUGCUUCAAGUCACCCCACUGCUCCAGAUUGAUCCACCACCCUCUUACAUGGAGAGGGAACCACCUCCAUACAUAGAGGGAGGACCACCUCCAUACACAGAGGGGGAACCACCUCCUUACAUAGAGAGGGAGCCACCUCCUUACACAGAGGGAGAACCACCUCCAUACACAGAGGAGGAAUUGCCUCCACCUGAAUGCCAGGGCCGCCGCUGUCCCAAUAUUCCACCCUUCGAAUCGCGAGGGAUCGUCGACAACCCGCAGCCUUCCUUCGAGCCACGGAGCCAGGCGUGCAACCUCCACGCGGCUGCCAUCGCAACUGCAGUGCUGUUGCGGCUUUGUGCGAUUCACACACGAGGGUGUAUCUUCUGCCUCAUAAUAAUGGGGAAUAUUUUAAUUAAGCUGAUAAGGAUCGAUGGACUCCCUAUCUUUGCUGCUAUCCUCAUCACCAUUUCCAUCGUACCUGUCAGCGUCAUCAUCUAUCUAGCUUGCCGCUUCAUCUACAAGAAACUCUGUCGCCGGUCUACAUCCUACUUUCUUGUGGUUGCUGUUCCUGGUCAUCCUCCAGCAGUGACUCUUAUCAAUGAGCUUCCUCCUGGGAAUGGAGCUAGAUUCAUCAUAUUUGAAGAUCCUCUCCCUUGCCAUGGGACUAUGGCUGAUUCAGAAUCUCCACCAGUUCCAAAGCCACAGGAUGAUCUGCCACCCUCAUAUACAGAGGUUGUACCACCUCCCUACUCAGAGGGGGAGCCACCUCCAUACCCAGAGGGGAAACCACCACCGUACACAGAGGAGGAACUGCCUCCACUUGACUUGCCUCAUCUGCAUAGUGGAAGUAUCAGGCUUCCACUAGUUAAUCCUACCCAAGAAGCAUCCUCGAUUGACAUGCAGGACACUGUCCUUAAACAUUGACAGGUUCCUUUUUUUUCCAAU